AAACUAAUAAAAGAUUGAAUACGUGUUCAUAUCAAAAUAUUUUGUCAAAAAUAUUUUUCUUAUAAAAAACGUCUUAAACGAUAUUUAUUUAUAUUUUAUUGUAUGUUUAAUUGAUUAUAUCUGAAAUUGUUUUCAAAGUUUGUCUUUAUAUUGUGAGUUAAACUAGGUUAAGAUCUUCACAAAUUGAAUGCAAUGGGUCACAUCUAUGAAACGUGGAACUUAUAACAUUAUUAAUUAUAUAUUUUAAUAGAUAAUUAAAUAGUUAGUGGUGAAAUUCUGUAAAAAAUAUCAAUUUAAAAAAAGGAUAUAAAUACACAAUGCCUUCUAGAAGAAAUAAAGGUGGUCUCUUGGCUAGGGUUAACUUUCCCCUUUACACUUUGCAAAUGUUGACCAGUAGACAUAUACUAGUUGGAGGUGGUGGUGGAUCUUCAAAAACUGGAGUUGCAAAUGGAUUUGAAAUAUUUGAACUUCUUCAUGACGGAGUACAAUUUCUUGCCGAAGAAGUUACAAGACAUGAAACUGGUCCUACCGUAGUCAUGAACUGUGCUACGUAUAAUAAUGAGAAAAGGUCUUGGAUACUUGCUGGUCAAGAAAAUCAUUGUCAGUUGUAUAAUGUAAACACUAAAAUAAUAAAUGUAGAAAAUGGAGAAGUAAUUAAAAAGGCUGGCAAUAUAAUAAAGGAUAAUGUCAGAAAUAGAAAAGUUAAUGAUAAAAUCGAAGAAGAGCAGACAAUGAAAGGAAAAGUACAAGAACUUAAAAAUGAUAAUUAUAAUAUUAAGUGUAAAAAGUUACAGUUAAUUAUAAAACCUAUUGAUAGUGUUCAAACAGAUUUUAGUGAAGACGAAUCGCUACAAAGAAUAGUUCGUAUAAGUUUCAAUGGAAAAUUUAUGGCUACUGGUGGUACAGAUGGUUGCAUAAGAAUAUGGAAAUUUCCACAAUUGCAAAAAGUGCAUGAUUUGAAAGCACAUCAAAAAGAAAUAGAUGAUAUCGAUUUUAGCUCAGAUAAUAAUUCAUUGAUAACUAUAGCUAAAGAUGGCAAAGCUAUUUUAUGGAAUGUUGCCAGUGGUUCAUUAAGAAAAGAACUCACAUGGAGUACUCCAAAUAAUACAAAAUAUAUGUACAAAAGAUGUCGAUUUAGAAUAUCAGAGGAAAAUAAAUUAUUGAAUCAGCUAUUUCUUCUUUCUAAUGCAACUAUGGGAAAAGAUCCAAGUUUUCUUCAGUUAUGGGAUACAGAAUCUGGAAAUAUAAUUAAAUUUAUUACUUACAAGGAAACUUUAUCUGCUUUAACAGUCUCUGAUGAUGGAAAAUUUGUAGCUGUUGGAACAAUGUUUUCUGGUAGUGUAGACAUAUACGUAGCUUUCAGCUUAAGAAGAGUACUACAUGUAUCUGGAGCACACAAUAUGUUUGUAACUGGUUUAGAGUUCUUACCAACAAAAUUAGAUGGACCACCCAUCACUAGUAAUUCAGAAACUGCAGUAAUUAGCAUUUCUAUAGAUAACAGAAUUUGUAUACACAGUAUACCAUUUAGACAUACAAUACCAUUUUGGCUCGGCAUGCUGUUGAUAAUUCUGAGUAUUUGUGCAGCAUUUAUAUUUUGUAGCUAUCUUGGUAUUUGACUCACAGAAUUUAUUGUCAAAACAUUACAUCCAUUUGUUUAUUUCAAAAAAAUUUACAAAUAUUUUAAUUAUUACAAUCUAACGCCAAUUACUUUUCACUUCAGAGUUUAAAUUUUAUGAACAUAUAUGUAAUAUCUGAUAAAUUGCAGGAUUGAUAAAAAAUAUAUAAAGUAUCUAAACAUUAUAUAUAAUAUAUAAGAAAAACCAGGUAGAAUUAUUCACUAAUCGUUAUAUAAAUUGUAUUAAUUUUGUUUAUAAUAUAUAUAGUAACUUAUAAAAACACAUUUAUAUGAACAUUCGAAUAAUCCCGGAGUUUAUCAAAUAUUCCAUGGUUUAAUAAGAGAAAGCGCACGAAUAUUGUAAAUAUAGACUUGAAAUUGAUCAGAAGUCUUUACGA